AUGGAAGCCUCAAUUCAACACGGAAGACUCCCCAAAGUCGGCGAGGGCAACAAUCUCAUUUCGUACGCCGCGCUGAUGAAAAUCGCCAACUACUACUUUCCGACGGAGGUUCGUUCACAAAUUCUCCAGUUUUCGAAUAAUAUCCAUUUUUAAGGGCUUCGAAAUGGCUCUCGAGAAAUCGGCUCCAAAGGCUUUGCUGCAUUUGGCCGAGUUGAACCAAAAACAGAUCUGUAAAGAAAUUUUGGCAAAGACGAGAUAUGGUUCAAGUGAGUUUGAACGGCGGGAAACGAGAACGUCAAUUGAUUGAAAACAAUUUCAGGACAGUACGGAAGUGCGGAGGAAUUGGAAGAAGCGUUGAUGAAGUUCGGAGCCUUCACGGGCGCCGAUAAGGUGUUCGAUGUGACCCCCGGGGAACCAUUCUACGUACGUUUUCAAUUCCAAGGCGACCAUUUUAUCAGCAACUUUCAGAUUCAUCCAACAAUUUACAAAGGCCAGAUGGACAAGAUGUACAUUUGCAAAAUGGACCUGUUCACAUUGCUCAAAAAAUGGGUUUUUGAUAAUCAUGACGAGAUGGUAAGUAGAACAAAAAGACGACAGACUUAAAGUGCUAAUUAUUGCAGAGUAUCACAUUCAUCCGAUGCUCGUUCAUGCUCUUCAUUCGAAUGAAAGAAGAGAUGCUGGCCACGUAUGCCGAGUACGUGCCCCUCGAUCACACGAAUGUUGUGAACCUGGGAACGGAUUUGGAUAAUAUCAUGGAAACGGUGAGAACUGUGAGAGAGCAGUCAAACAAGGACCGGGAAGUUGUGUUCCCCGUCGAUACAGUCGAUGACGUUCUCGGUCAAUGGAGGAAGCUGUUCCCAAAAUGCCAUCCGCACGAUUACCAUUUCAUCUCGGAACUGCUCGCCCACUGCUAUCAUUCUGUGUAUCCAUUCAACGCGGAAGCCUUCACGGAGAGUUAUCAAUACUCGUCGGAUCUGUUUGAGAGCAUCGAGAGACUCAUUCAGAAGCGACAGGAAUUGUUCUUCCCAAUGGCCCUUCAGGUACUAAUCCUGAUUGAGAAUCGACUGUUCAUUUCAGUAAACUUUCAGACGAAAAAGGAACUGCCGCCAACGCUGAGAGUGUUCGACGACAACGGACGAAAGUUUGUGAUGACUUCAGAGGCGAUCAACCUUUUCUCAGUCGUGAAAGGAGUGCCGACUUUAAAGAGUCACGAUCUAACGAUUAUGGAAGUCGACGAGCCGUUCCUCGCGAGUAUUCCCAAAACCAAUGUGAGUGAAAAUGAGACUUCAAAUCAUAAUCCAUCUCGUUUCAGAUCAUUGUCACACAAAUCAAAAGAGUCAAGAACGCGGCGGUGCCGGUGAUGUCUUCUUCCGGCGACGCGUGCAUCCUGGCGACGGAUGCUCUGUUCGAAUUGCUGCAAGAGAUCAUCACAGGAUUCAAAAUGUUCCAGAAGAUUAAGAGGAACGAGUGGCACGUUGUCAAGACCGUGUUCAACAAACUCGGAAGGAUCUCUUUCCUACACAGUCUGGUUAGUUUACCUCUGAUUUGUCCAAAUUGUAUAUUGAAUGUUACAGCCGGGCGCUUACUUCUUCAAUCUGAAAGAGAAUACCAGGACGAGGAGUUUGGUGUUCGAGCAUUUCUCCAAAUUCGACGACCGUUUUGUGGAAGACAUCAUGGACGUCGGGUUGAAUGGCUUCUCGGCGCAGGACCUCGCCGACGAACUCGGCCGACUUGGACUGGUCAAGAUUUUUCCGGAGAUCAAAGACUACGUCCGCGUCGCCUACAAUCGGGUCGUGAAGUGCAGAAAAACAAAGUUUCUCCGUUCAUGCGAUCUCUACGACGCUUUGGAGCACUGCCAACUCCUAUGCUUCUUCAACCGAUUCCCAAAUGUAAGUAAUUGGUUUCAAGUAAUUAAUUUCAAACCCUGAAAUUCUUUCAGUUUGUCAAGUUUCUGCACAACCAAAAGUCGUGCAAACGGCUCGAAGGUCUACACUGUCAGUUUUGCGAUGAACCCAAGCCACGUUUCGACCCCGUUCGGGAAGUGAAGGCCGUGGCGAAGAAGACGGAGAAACGAGUUACGAGGCGGAAUGAAGAAGAUCGAACCGUCCUGAAAGCCAAGAGAACAAUGAACAAACCGGUGAAAGUGGAGCAGCCGGCACCUGAAGCCGUCAAACAAACUGACGAGACAGAGAGGAGACUGAAAGAAGAAGAAGAAGAUCCGAGAGAAGUGAAGCAGCCGGCAUUGGAAGCAACAGAAGAAACAGUUGAAAAAGAAAACGAUCCUCCUGCAACCAUCCCGAAGGCGGCAAAGAAAGAAGACAAAAAGAAGAAGGGGCACAGGAAGAUGACUCCGGAAAAAGUACUCUCGCCUCCGAACAGCUCUCAACAACCCGAAUCGAAGGUGUGCGAGAAGUGUGUGAGAACGAGUGAUCGGUGUGAGAAAGUGAAGGAAAGGCUGAAGAAAUCGGAGAAGAACAACGAGGAAUUGAAGACGGCACUGCGGAAAACGGAGAGAGAACUACAGGAAAAGGAUCGGAAGCUGGAAGAGAUGGAGAAGAAGAUGCGGGAGAUGGAAGAGUGAGUUCGAGCAUACAUUCAGUCACUGAUUUGCUAUCUUUUUCAGGAAACUCGCCGCCCAGACUGAGAUGGUGCAGGAAGCGGAAAAGCUGAAAGGAGCGAUGGAGCAGAUGAAAGUGACGAACGUUCAACAGCUGCAGAAGAAGAUGAAGAGGCAAGAGGAGAAAAUAGAAAUGUAAGGAAUGGUGUUUCGAUUCCAGAUGAUAAUUUCCAGUUUUCAGGCUGAACUUAGAGACUACGGCGUUCUCGAUUAAGUGUUUGAAGAAUCAACAGUUGAUCGAUCGGCUUCUGGCUGAAAGAGAUGCCACUUCUGAAUCCCCGAAGGGACCAGAGCUGACGGAAGAGAUGAAGGAGAUGCUGCACGAAUUGGAAGAGAAAAUGGCCGAGUUGAAGGAGACGGAUCCAGUUGGCAAAGUCAAUGAGCAAUGCGAACUGUAAGUGUUUAUGCAGGCUUUUCGAGUAACCCUCCAUUUCUUGCAGACUGGAAUCAUUGGCCGAAGAAGAUGAUGCAUUGAAACAGCUGGCCUCCGAGGAACUCAAAACGUUCAAAGAGAGACAAGAAGAUUAUGAGAGAACCCUUCAGGAAAACAUUAAAAGGAUCAAGGUGAGUAUACAAUAAGUGAGUAAAAGUUAUCAAUAUUUACGUUUAGGAAACAAAAAACAUCGCCCGAGAUCAGCUGCUUGAGCUCCCGGAGUUCCCGACGCUUUCCGCCAAGUUCACGAAAGCGUAUGAGAAAGCCAUGUACGAAACGAAUCUGGAGGAGUGCCCGGUCUGUUUGGAAAGGAUGGACCCGGCCACGAUGCGAUUGGUGAAGUGCACGAGCUGCAGGAUGACAUUCCAGGAAGACGUAAGUGUGAAACUCAAUGAGCAGUUAAUAUUGUCUCGUUUUCAGUGCGUCGAAAUGUGGCAUCAAAGCAAGGGCGAGACCUGCCCUCACUGCCGCGGAUCUAUCCUCGAUUUCGUGCAACUUCCACUAACUGGAUAA